GCUGGCUGGUGGGACGGACGCGGCCAAAGCCGGCGCCUUAGCCGGGCCCGAGCUGGAGCGGAGGCUGCAGCCAGGGGCGGCGCAGUCGGUGGGAGCGGGCGGGUCGGGCUUCAUGGCGCCAGCAGCGUCCGUCUGAGCAGCGCGGGCAGCGACGGGUGGCGGCCAGGCCGGGCUGCGGCUCUUCCUCGCCAUGGGGGACGUGCUGUCCACGCACCUGGACGACGCCCGGCGCCAGCACAUCGCAGACAAAACCGAGAAGAUCCUGACAGAGUUCCUCCAUUUCUACGAGGACCAGUAUGGCGUCGCUCUCUUCAACAGCAUGCGCCAUGAGAUCGAGGCCACAGGCAUGCCACAGGCCCAGCUCCUCUGGCGCAAGGUGCCACUGGAGGAGCGCAUCAUCUUUUCUGGGAACCUCUUCCAGUACCAGGAGGACAAUAAGAAGUGGAGGAACCGCUUCAGCCUUGUGCCCCACAACUAUGGCCUGGUGCUCUACGAGAACAAAGUGGCCUAUGAGCGACAGGUCCCACCCCGAGCUGUCAUCAACAGUGCAGGCUACAAAAUCCUCACCUCCAUCGACCAGUACCUGGAGCUUGUUGGCAACUGCUUACCAGGGACCACGUCAAAAUCGGGCACUGCCCCCAUCCUCAAGUGCCCCACACAGUUCCCUCUCAUCCUCUGGCAUCCUUCUGCACGUCACUACUACUUCUGCAUGAUGACGGAGGCCGAGCAGGGCAAGUGGCAGGCUGUCCUGCAGGAUUGUAUCAGGCACUGCAACAAUGGGAUCCCCGAGGACUCCAAGGUGGAGGGCCCCGCAUUCACAGACGCCAUCCGCAUGUACCGCCAGUCCAAGGAGCUGUAUGGCACCUGGGAGAUGCUGUGUGGGAAUGAGGUGCAGAUCCUGAGCAAUCUGGUGAUGGAGGAGCUGGCCCCUGAGCUGAAGGCUGAGCUCGCCCCACGGCUGAAGGGAAAACCCCAGGAGCGACUGCGGCAGUGGAUCCAGAUCUCAGAUGCUGUGUACCGCAUGGUGUAUGAGCAGGCCAAGGAACACUUUGAGGUAGUGCUGUCCAAGCUGCAGCUGGCCCGACCGGCCAUGGAAGCGGUCAUCCGCACCGACAUGGACCAGAUCAUUACCUCCAAGGAGCACCUGGCCAACAAGAUCCGAGCCUUCAUCCUCCCCAAGGCAGAGGUGUGUGUCCGGAACCACGUCCAGCCCUACAUCCCAUCCAUCCUGGAGGCCCUGAUGGUGCCCACCAGCCAGGGCUUCACUGAGGUACGGGACGUCUUCUUCAAGGAGGUCACCGACAUGAACCUGAACGUCAUCAACGAGGGCGGCAUUGACAAGCUGGGCGAGUACAUGGAGAAGCUGUCCCAGCUGGCCUACCACCCCAUCAAGAUGCAGAGCUGCUACGAGAAGAUGGAGCUGCUGCGGCUCGAUGGGCUGCAGCAGCGUUUCGACGUGUCCAGUACAUCGGUGUUUAAGCAGCGAGCCCAGAUCCACAUGCGUGAGCAAAUGGACAACGCCGUGUACACCUUCGAGACCCUCCUGCACCAGGAGCUGGGGAAGGGGCCCACCAAGGAGGAGCUGUGCAAGUCCAUCCAGCGGAUCCUGGAGCGGGUGCUGAAGAAAUACGACUACGACAGCAGCUCUGUGCGGAAGAGGUUCUUCCGGGAGGCGCUGCUGCAGAUCACCAUCCCGUUCUUGCUCAGGAAGCUGGCCCCCACCUGCAAGUCGGAGCUGCCCCGGUUCCAGGAGCUGAUCUUUGAGGACUUUGCCAGGUUCAUCCUGGUGGAGAACACAUAUGAGGAGGUGGUGCUGCAGACCGUCAUGAAGGACAUCAUGCAGGCUGUGAAGGAGGCCGCCGUGCAGAGGAAGCACAACCUGUACCGGGACAGCAUGGUCAUGCAUAACAGUGACCCCAACCUGCACCUCCUGGCCGAGGGCACGCCCAUCGACUGGGGUGAGGAGUACGGUGGUGAUGGCACUGGGGGCAAUGGCAGCCCCUGCCCCGAUGCCCCCGAAGCGGCCACCCUCUCGGAGAAGCGACGACGUGCCAAGCAGGUGGUAUCCGUGGUCCAGGAUGAGGAGAUGGGGCUGCCCUUCGAGACCAGCCCUGAGCCACUGUCACCUGCAUCCCUGGACAGUGUCACUGAGCCCCGUGGCAUGCUGGCCCAGAAUCUGCAAGCUGAGAGUCCCCCACCGGCUGGCCCCUUGCUCAAUGGGGCCCCUGCCCAGGAGAGUCCCCAGCCAGUGGCAGACUCUGAGGCCUCCUCGCCGCCCAGCUCACUCCUCUGGCAUCUCCCACCUGGAGAGGCUGCGGACCAUGAGCCUCCCAAGCCCAGUGACCAGGAGACUGGGGAGCAGGUGUCAAACCCCAGUGGCUGCUCCCCCAUCCACACGACUACCGAGGACAGUGCAGGGGUGCAGACCGAGUUCUAGGCCCGUCUGCCCUUGUGCUUUUGUUGGACAUGGCGCCAGGACGCUUCCUCCAGGGCACUGGCAUGGCUUGGCGCUGGGCGGGGAGGCGCCAAAUCUGUGCCUUACUGGGUGUGGAGGGGCAGGGCUGGGGUGGCACCUCCAGAGGUUGGGCAGGGAAGGGCUCACCCAAGUCACUUUAUUGGGUUCAGUCAACACUUUAUUGCCCCGUUUUCUGUUGGAUGAUCUUGGACACAGGGUCUGCUUUUGGGGAUUUCCUGCUGUGUUGGGGCUGGGGCACAGCUGAAGGGGCCUGGGGAGCUCCAGGGCUGCCUGUCCCCAGGACCCCUUGUUUCUUGCCCUUCUUCUGUGGCCUCGAUUUCCCACAUGGGUCUUGCCAUCCUUCUCGGAAAGAGGGAGAUAAAAGCAUCAAGUUUUGUGAUUCAAAGCCAAUGAAUUCUCUUCCAUCUCACCAGGGGCUCACUGGAACUGGGAAGACAAAUGUGAGGCCCCCACCCAUGGGCCCCUCUCCCCUCCUCCCACCUGGGCCUGGAAGGCCAGUUUCUGAGUGGACACUGACCUCACUUUCCCCGACAUGGGUGAGGGGAGGUGCUCAGUGGAGGAGGAGGGGGUGUCCUGGAAUAGGAGGACCACUUCUGGGCAGGGAGUGGGGUCUUCAGGCUGAGCCAGACUGAUGCUGGGGGAGGAUAGGGCUGCCUCAUUUGGGGGUGGUGGUGGGGGGGGGUAGGAGCAGCAGGCCUGGGAUGGAAUGAGAAAGGCAGAGAAUGUGCUCGACUGUGGAGGGGAGGUGCCCCAUGGGAAGGAGGCAGAUGACCUCUGGGGAGACAUUGUUGGGAACAUUUGGGUGGAGGCCAAGAUGCAGACGUGAGGGUUGCUGGAAGCUAGAGAGGGGCCUUUGCCUCUGCCCAACCCCUGCUCCCCCGGCCCCAGCCUGUCUCCUCUGAUUUGUCUGGGAUCUGUGGGUCUCUGGAAUUCCCUCUGCUUGUCCUGCCCCUUUUACGCCCAUAUGCUUUGGGCUGGCGCCUGAAGGAUGAGGGGAGAGUGGCAGGCUGUUGAAAGGUGGUAGGGGUUUCCUAGACUGUGCGUUCUGUCCUCUUUGGGCCAUCUCCAAGGUAGUCACUGCCUCCUGAGGGAGCUGGGUGGGGCUCCCUCGGCUCCCCAAGAUAUGGUGGAUGGCCCUGAGGAUUUGGGGGUGAGGUUAUGGCCUGAAAAUUCCAGGCCCGUUUUGAAAUGUCCUUGAGUUCCUUCUGGGCCUGGCCUAGCUCUCUUCCUCAGCUUCUUGUUCCUGGGGGUGAGGGUCAGGCCCAGGCAGCCCCACUGGGGCAGCCCCCAUCCCCCCAGGGGCCUGAACCUACUGGCCUUCACAGGCCCCCCCCCCCUUCCCUUGCUACUGCAAGGGAGGGCAGGCUGGGCAGACACUAAUACCCUCCAGGGUCCCCUGGACCGGGUUCCCCUCUCCUGCCCUACCCAGCCCUGCAUCCUCCCUUCCCUAAACCUGCUUUUCAGGGCCGAGGCCUUAGACCCACAAGAUGUGUGUGCAUCGGUGGCUGGUGCUCAGGGACCCUCCAGUCCCUGCCCCCAGCCCUAAUCUUAAAUGCAUCACUAACCUCUUCUACCAACAAGGUUUGUCUUGAGAUACUCUCCUCCAGUGCCUUCUUUCGGGGUUUUCAACCAUCCUUCCCAUAUAUUGUAUUGAAAAUAUUAUGCAAAUUGUUUAAGCUUCUACUAAUCAAUAAAUGCUUUAUUUAAAGCCG